CUAUAACCACAGAACAAUAGGUAUUAAGUCUAUUUAUGACUCAUAUAAAUAUUAUAAAUAAAAUAAUUAGCUAAGGGAUUUCCCUCUUUAUUUAACUUUAUCCAAGCAUGAAGCAAUUAUUAUAUUUAAAAUAUUAAUAUAAGUAAUAUACCUAACGUUAUGGCUAACUGCUAACAAUGCAUAAUACUUAAUGUACGUAAUUAAUUUAAUUACCAAAUUCCCGAUAUUAUCGAGUUGUCCAAAACGUAUCAGUUUAUUCAGUUUUAAAUGGUCCGUUCCACUCGUGUUUGUUGGUAGAUUUUAGUUUUUGCUAUCCCUUUCUGCUUGAUUAAGCCUUAAACGUCGUUGAAGACAGACCGAUGCUUUUCGAUAUGGAAUUGGAGACGAUGAUUGAUCAACAAAACAUGGCGUUUAAUCCGGCCAAGUUGCAUUCAUCAAUUAAGAUACCGUUCCCGAAAUCUUCAUCGAUUGAAAGCGAAUACUUUGUCUAUAAUCAGUCGGAUCUGUUCUCUCAGAGUUUUUCGGUGAUUGAGGGCAUACGUCGUAUGGGAAAACUAUGCGAUGUCACGCUGACAGUAGACAACAUGUCGUUUAGUGCUCAUCGUAUAGUGUUGGCCGCCACAAUACCGUAUUUUAAUGCUAUGUUUACACAUAAUAUGAUUGAAAGUACUCAAAAAGAUAUUGUGAUUCAUGGCAUUGAUCCUGAAGCAUUGGAAGCAUUGAUUAAUUUUGCAUACAGUAGUCGAAUAUCAAUAAAUAUUAAUAAUGUUCAGUCACUUUUAAUCGGGGCCUCGUAUUUGCAGUUGAAAUGGGUGCAAAAUGCAUGUGCAACAUUCAUUAAAGAAAGGUUUCAUCAAAAUAAUGUUUUAAAAGUACGUACAUUAGCUGAUUCGUUAGGGUGCUAUGGCUUAUUGGCUGAUGCUAAUAGAUAUAUAGCUCAGUAUUUUCCUGAUAUAUCAUUGUCUGAAGACUUCUUAAAUCUCAAUAUAUCUGAAAUAAUAGACAUUGUCUAUAAAGAUGAAUUACAAGCAUCGGAAGAACAGGUAUUCGAAGCAGCUAUUCGCUGGGUUAAACAAGAAAAAUCGAGACAAGAAUGUUUUUCUCAGUUGCUUGCUGCUGUAAGAUUGCCAUUACUUUCACCUCAUUAUUUGGCUGAUCGAGUUGCUACAGAAGAAUUAAUUAGAUCUUCUCACGAAUGCAGAGAUCUAUUAGAUGAAGCUAAAGAUUACCAUUUAAUGCCCGAAAGACGAAUUUUGUUACAAAGCUUUCGCACUAGACCUCGCUGUGUCAGUUAUAUUCAAGGACACAUAUAUGCAGUAGGUGGACUUACUAAAUCAGGUGAUUCAUUAAGUACUGUUGAAGUCUAUAAUCCCAUAACUGAACGAUGGGAACUUGCCGAAGCAAUGAGCAUAUUACGUAGUAGAGUUGGAGUAGCUGUACUAAAUAAUAAAUUAUAUGCAUUUGGAGGCUAUAAUGGAAUUGAAAGACUAUCUUCAGUAGAAGUAUUUGAUCCUAUAACAAAAUCUUGGAAUAUAGUUUCACCAAUGCAUCGUAAACGCAGUGCCCUUGGAGCAGCCGCUCUAAAUGAUCGACUAUACGUGUGUGGAGGAUUUGAUGGAGUCAGUUCAUUAAAUAUUGUUGAAUGUUAUCAGCCUGAUUUAGAUCGCUGGACAAUCAUUACACCAAUGCAAAAACAUCGUAGUGCUGGUGGUGUUGUAGCAUUUGAUGGUUAUAUUUAUAUACUUGGAGGUCACGAUGGCCUAAGUAUUUUUGACUCUGUUGAACGGUAUGAUACUUAUACAGGUCAAUGGCUAUCUGUAACACCUAUGUUAAUGAAACGUUGUCGCUUAGGAGUGGCCACGUUAAACGGUAAACUUUAUGCAUGUGGUGGAUAUGAUGGAUCAACGUUUUUACAAACUGUUGAAGAAUAUGAUCCUCAGACAGACAAGUGGAGAUUUGUGGCUUCGAUGAAUGUGACAAGAAGCCGGGUGGCAUUGGUUGCCAAUGCUGGAAAAUUGUGGGCCAUUGGUGGAUAUGAUGGAUUUUUGAAUUUACCCACUGUUGAAGUGUAUGACCCCAAAGCUGAUUGCUGGAUGUUCGCAGCUUCCAUGUGCGCCCAUGAAGGUGGAGUCGGAGUUGGUGUCAUACCUAUUCAAGAGCCCGAAGUUCCAUAAAUAUAUAAUAAGUCAUUGUAAUAUAACAUAACCAUCUUUAAUACUGCAAUGUGAGCUGUAGGAUUGGUAGCAUAUGUAAUUUGUAAAAACUAAAACAAUAUUGUACAUUAUAUUAUGUUUAUUGACUGAUAAUUUUUACGACAUUUUGAAAGACAAUAUCACUGCAAAUUAUAUUCGAAUAUUAAUCAAACAUUCAUUCCAAGUACAGUAACGGUUGAUAUGAAAAAACUUGUAUUCAGUCUUAAACUCCUAAAACGGAUUUAAAAAAAAUUGGUUUAGUUAACUUUGUGUAUUACAUGACCCCUGAAAAUAUUCAAGUUGUGCCACUGCUUUCUAGUAAUUUAAUUUUGUCUCUUACUGGUUUUAUUUAGUCAAACCUCUUUGUAUAUUAUAUAGGUUUUUAUCCCAUGACAUAUUUUUGUUUCAUUUUUCCCCUAUGUUGUGUUCCUUAUAUAUAUAUAUAUAUAUAUAUGUGUGUAUUUAAAAUUGCUAAUAUGAUAAAUACAUGUAGAAUGUUAUACAUACCUAAUAUAUUUUUUAUACUUGUACCUCAAA